AUGCCGAAAAAAAUCAAAUCUUCCUUCAGAAGGACGAUGCUGAUGCUGACGCUGAUGCUGAUGCUAGGGAGCACAAAGCAAGCGAGACCGGGAUGGAACGGACGGGGUGGACCAGAGGCAUCUGGUGGAGGUGAAGAACCGAGCGAGAAUCAAGAAUCCAAAGACAAAGACGAAGCUGCGGGCUCUAUCUAUUCGGUGCCAAAGCCAUUACGGAAGGCAAAGAGGAAUCUUCCGCGUAAGGGGAAGGAGAGUGAAGAGCGUGAUGGGAUAGUCGAGGUCGAGGUCGAGGACGAGGAAUUCAUUGGCUAA